UACCAACGCUUUGUAAGAAGAGUCAGCGAAAGAGUUAACAAGUCACAAUCAAAGGCACAUAAUGCUUUCACUACCAUCGCUUACGCCAUUCCCAACCUUGACUCAAAACCACAUGUAGAGGCUUUAUUUAAAGUUUUAUGUGGUGACGAACCACUCUCAUCAGCUGUACAAAUCUUGGACGAGUCAGCACUGUUGAAAGACUACAGCUUGGAACAUAAGCCAAGCGAUUGGAGGGCAAGCAAAAACUGGUGCAACUGGUGGAUGAGACCAAACCACUUGAGAAUGCUCUCUCCAUGUUACUGCCUGAUGGAUCCUGAAACUUUCAGGGAGUUACCUAGCUCAACAAACGCGGUAGAAUUACACAAUCGAUUUGGCAAACCUACUCACCCACUUCCUUUAAAAGGAGCUAUGAUGGCCACGUAUAGGGAGGAUAUGGCAAAAGGUAUAGAGAUUAUGGCAAAGAGAAAAGGUCUCUCUACAUCCUUUGACAGCCCUUCAGAAAGUGCACGUUCCAAGAGGACAGACCAGCAAAACCGAGCUCGUCAAAAGAGACUGCACACAGAUAAUGAUGACCCAGAAGGUCCUCCCGACACAAAACGUGCAUUCAAUUCAGGUGAUCAUACACCAACAGGUCACAAGAAAACAAGACACAGUUUUAAGUUAGCAGACAGCAGCAAUAGGAGAAAUCAGAUAAAAUUCUGAUCUCGGAUAGUCCUCCAACACCCACCGAGUAUUGGAUUUCAGUUCUGAAACUUACGAACAAUGAUAGGUCGAUGUAGUAGUAUUGGUUAUUGUAUUUAUAGCUUACAAUAUAGUGAUGUAAUGGCUUAUGUUGAGUUAUGUAAUAACAUGUGUUCUGGACUAAAAGUGAUUGAUUAUAUCUUAUGAAUCUUAUGAGACCUAGUGAUUCUAGAGCAUAUUACAUGGUGGCAGCGGUGGGAUCCGAACCCACGCCAUCGAAAUGACUGGUGAUUAUAUCUUAUGAAUCUUAUGAGACCUAGUGAUUCUAGAGCAUAUUACAUGGUGGAAGCGGUGGUUAGUACUCUUCUUUAGACACUACAAAGAGUUUUGUGAAAAAUCAGAGAGUAACUAGAACCAAGAACGAUGGCUACAGCAACGUAUCAAGUCACACCUCCGGAACCAUUUAACUUUGGUACUCCAAACGAAUGGACAAAAUGGAUUAGGCGAUUUGAACGCUUUAGAAGUGCAUCAGGACUGGAAGCGCAACCAGAAAAAGCACAGGUCAACACAUCAUAUAUACGAUGGGAACACAGGCAGAUGACAUCUUCCACUCGUUUGAUUUGACUGAAGACCAAAAAAAGGAAUACGAAACAGUCAAAGGCAAGUUCGAUGGACACUUUGUUAAAAGGACCAAUGUCAUUUACGAGAGGGCCAUGUUUAACAGACGAAGACAGGAAGAAGGAGAAACUGUCAAUGCUUUCAUAACAGCUCUCCACACACAAGCAGAGAAGUGUGCAUAUGGAGUACUGAAAGAAGAGAUGAUUAGGGACAGAAUAGUAGUCGGCAUUCGAGAUGCGACUUUGUCACUAAAACUUCAGCUAGACUCAGCACUUACCUUGGAGAAAGCAGUCACACAAGCCAGAGAGGCAGAAACUGUUAAAAUGCAACAACCAUUAAUCCGCCAAGGAAAAGAAAAAGAACCAGAUACCAGAGAAGUGAAUGCCUUUCGAAAAGGAUUUAAAGGAAAAGGACAAGGAAGACAACCUUUCGAGAACAGAAAACGAUUUAACGAUAAAACUGUUAACGACAAAAUAAGUUGUGUCCGCUGUGGAAAAACACCGGGACAUGAAAAGCAACAUUGCCCAGCUAAAGAGGCUACAUGCCACGUGUGGAAAACGAGGACAUUACAAGUCUCAGUGCAAAACUAAACACAUCCGAGAAAUACACAAAAGCGAGGAGUUUUUUCUGGGAGCUGUGCAAUCAAAAGAAAAUAAACAAUGGAAAAUCACUCUAGACUUCAAUGGACAGCCCACCGAAUUUCAGAUCGAUACAGGGGCAGAGGUCAACCUAAUAUCAGAACGAGAGUACAAGAAAGCUGGUGCCCCACCACUGUCGCCAGUACAUCAGACAUUCAGAGGUCCAAACAAGUAUGUGAUUCCUGUCAUGGGACAAUUCAUGGGAAAAAUUAAACGGAAUGACAGGGAGAUAGAGCAAGAGAUCUAUGUCGUGAAGAAUCUCCACAAAUCCCUACUGGGACAGCCAGCGAUAGAAGCUCUAGGACUGAUCAAAAUGAUCGACCAAGUCAAAGCAGCAAAGCUAAACCCAACAAAACAGUUUCCAGAACUCUUCACAGGUCUGGGGAAACUAAGAGCAGAAUACGAUAUCAAGCUCCAACCCGAACACACACCAUAUGCCAUUACGAUACCAAGACGAGUUCCAGUUCCGCUACGGAAGAAAGUGAAACAAGAGUUGGAUCGAAUGGAGACACAGGGAGUGAUAAGCAAGAUCACACAGCCCACUGAAUGGUGUGCAGGCAUGGUGGUAGCCCCAAAACUGAAUGGAAAUGUGCGUAUUUGUGUCGAUCUAACACGCCUAAACAACAGUGUACGCAGAGAGAGACAUCCAUUACCUUCAGUGGACCAAGUCCUAGCGCAAUUGGCAGGAGCAAAGAUAUUCUCCAAGUUGGAUGCCAAUUCAGGGUUCUGGCAAAUUCCCCUUGCCGAAGAAUCUAUCCCCCUCACCACAUUCAUGACCCCUUUUGGAAGGUAUUGCUUCCACAGAUUGCCUUUCGGCAUCACAUCAGCUCCAGAGCAUUUUCAAAGGCGAAUGUCAGAGAUGGUUGGAGAUAUGGAGGGAGUAGUAUGUCUGAUCGAUGAUUUCCUCAUCUAUGGAUCAAACCAACAAGAACAUGAUGAGAGACUGACGAAGGUGCUCACCAAGCUUGGAAAAGAAGGUCUUACACUCAACAAAGAGAAAUGCAAGUUUUCUCAGAACCAAGUAAGAUUCCUGGGCCAUAUUAUCGACGAAAGUGGCAUAAGAGGAGACCCAGAGAAAGUGGCUGCGAUCCAGAAGAUUCCAACCCCAACGAACGUCCGAGAAGUUCGCAGAUUCCUGGGAACAGUAAACCAGAUGAGCAAAUUUGCACCGAAUUUAGCAGAGAUCAACAAACCGAUACGAGAUUUAUUGGUCAAAGACAACCAGUGGACAUGGGGAGAACCACAGCAAAGUGCAUUCGAUCAGAUCAAAGAGAUGCUAACAACAAGCCCUGUCUUAGCUCUUUUCGACCCAAUGUUGGACACAACAGUCUCAGCAGAUGCAUCCUCCUAUGGCCUUGGAGCCACACUCCUACAGAAACAAGCAGAUGGGAAUCUCAAACCGAUUGGAUACAUCUCAAGAUCGAUGACUCCUACUGAGCAGCGAUAUGCACAGAUAGAAAAGGAGGCAUUGGCACUUACAUGGGCGAGUGAAAGGUAUUCGGAGUAUCUCAUUGGCAUGGACUUUCACAUCCAGACUGACCACAAGCCACUAGUCCCCCUGUUCAGUGUUAAGCCAUUGGACAAAUUACCCCUCAGAGUGCAAAGAUUCCGACUUCGAAUGAUGCGAUUUUGCUACACUAUUUCUCAUGUUCCUGGAAAGGAUCUAAUAGUAGCAGACAUGUUGUCGAGAGCACCAGUCGGUAAUCCAAUGCAAGACAAUCACGACCUAGAGGCAGAGGGAAACGUGUAUAUAGAGAUGGUUUUGAAACAUCUUCCGGCGUCAGAUAAACUCCUAGAAGAAAUUAAAGAGAAACAGAACCAAGAUGAAACAUGUCAACAACUCAAAAAGUAUUGCCUGCAAGGAUGGCCAGAUAAACACCAACUUACAGGAUCCCUCAAGCAAUGUUACCAAGUUGCUGCAGAAUUGUCAGUACAAAACGGCAUUCUGAUGAGAGGAAACAGGAUCUUAAUACCAGCUGAAAUGCGACUACAGAUGUUAGAUAAGCUACAUCAAGGUCACCAGGGAAUAGAGAAGUGCAGACAACGAGCACGUGUGUCAGUUUGGUGGCCAGGCUUGUCUAAACAAAUGGAAGAGCUCGUAAGAAGCUGUCCAGAAUGUUGUAAACUACAAAAGCAGAGAGCAGAACCGCUAGUUGCCUCAGAAUUUCCGGAUCUACCAUUUCAAAAAGUAGGCACUGACCUAUUCGAAUGGAAGAAAGAAAACUAUUUGAUGAUUGUCAAUUAUUACUCGAGAUACAUGGAAAUUGCAAGACUCAAACAGACAACCACAGAGGAAGUAAUGCGACACACGAAAAGCAUUUUUGCAAGACAUGGAAUACCCGAAACGGUAGUGUCAGACAAUGGACCCCAGUACAGCUCAGGACUCUACCGAGAGUUUGCUAACAACUUUGGAUUUCAUCACGUUACGUCAAGUCCGUACCACCCUCAAAGUAACGGAGAGGCAGAAAGAGCUAUAGGAACGCUAAAGAAUCUACUCAAGAAAGAGAAGGAUCCAUACUUAGCAUUAUUGGUUUAUCGAACCACACCACUCAAAAAUGGGUAUAGUCCAGCGGAGCUCUUGAUGAAUCGAAAACUCAGAACAACAGUUCCGAUAACGAGAGAAAUGAGGAAACCGAUGGUCCCAAAUGUGGAGUCUCUGGAACACAAAGAAGAGACACAGAGAGCAAAACAGAAGCACACAUUCGAUCAACACUACGGAGUUAGAGAGUUAUCUCAAUUGAUACCAGGAAAUACGGUUUGGCUACCUGAUCGAGAAGAGGAAGCUAUAGUAGACGAAGAAGUAGCUCCAAGAUCCUACACAGUACUCACUCCAGGUGGAACCUAUAGGAGAAACAGAAGGAAUCUAGUUGAGAUAAAUCUGCAAAGAGAAACAUCUGAGAAUCAGACAGAAUCCGACAGUCAAGUUCAAACUCAAACGGACACACAGACUCCUCGGAGAAGUGGCAGACAAACACGUCCUGUUACUCGAUACGAACCAACAUGGAAAUAAUCCUAGGUGAACAGUGAACUAAGAAAGGGAGAUGUAGUAGUAUUGGUUAUUGUAUUUAUAGCUUACAAUAUAGUGAUGUAAUGGCUUAUGUUGAGUUAUGUAAUAACAUGUGUUCUGGACUAAAAGUGAUUGAUUAUAUCUUAUGAAUCUUAUGAGACCUAGUGAUUCUAGAGCAUAUUACAGUCGAUACUACUGAAAGGAGGCUUACUCACUGACAAGCACAUGGAUGCUUGUCUAAACACCCUAUCAAAGCAAUUCCCUGGUAUUCCAGAUCCUCAGACAGCUCUCCUUGCCCAACUUCCAGGAUCUCUUAAAGCCGCCCAACAAAAAUCUAUGUUUUUUCACAAUUUUUCUGGUCAUUGGACACUGUCAAGUCUUAGCAGUGGCAUCGUCUUCCUCUUCGAUUCCCUUCUGCCAAAGGAGCUCGACCUGAAGUUAAAAGAGCAGAUGCUGUCGCUCUAUGGAAAAUGCCUGGUACAAAGACCAUAUGUACAGCGCCAAAAGGGCAGCAAGGACUGUGGGUGCUUUGCAAUCGCCUUUUGUGUGUCAUUGUUAUACGGGGAAGAUCCUUCGAGUUUGCUGUUUAACCAGAAGGAGAUGCGAGGACACAUAUUCAGCUGCUUGACACAGGAAAGCUUUCUACCUUUCCCUGCAUGUGCCCUGACAAAGAAAGCAAGACGUCCUCUUGAACUAUGCCUUGAUUAGUUUUUGACAUUGAUAGUUUAAUAAGUUAAAUUGUCCCUUCUUCACCAUACAAAUUUGAAGCAUAAUUAAUGAUUGUUGUUAGUGCA